CUGAACGGCAUCGGCAGCAUAAUUCUCGAGCUCAUCUCCUGGAUCAGCGGCACGGUGUUGAGCACCGUCUCAGGGCCAGCCGUUCUCGCUCCACGCGUCCUCGCGCACCUGCUUGCGCACCUGCAGAUCCGGAUACUGCCACAGGUGGUGCACCUGGUUCAGCACGCCCAGCUGCGAGAACCACGCCCCCAUCGGCUCCUCGUGGUGCCGCCGGCACUCGACGCCCACGCGCCAGUUCUGCUCCCACUCCAGCAGCGUGCCGGGCUUCAGCGUGUAGCUGCGCAGUUCAGUACACCCCGCCCUUCUCAACCGGCGGGUGGGUCGGCCAGAACUGGAACUCCAGCAUCACCUGCGACCGCCUCUUCACCAGCAGCUGCGCCAGCUGCCUCUGCAAUUCCCCGUACGUCUCGUCGGUCCUUUAGGUUCUUGUACUGCCUGCGUCAGCGCCGGAUACCCCUGGUACUCCCAGAUAUGCACCGCCGUGUCCAGCUCGCCAAUGUCUGUCAUCCAGCUCCCCACCAGCUUCACCUGCGGCGACAUGUCCUGGACCAUGCGCGGAUACAGCCUGCCUACUAUCUCCUGGUAUUCGUGCAAGCAGCCCGGCUUCACAUGGUGCACUGCCAUUUCGUGCACGUACUUGCCGCGCGCCAGAACCUUCGACAAAGUCGCCUGCGUCUCCUGCCGCACCUGCUCGGACCCGUACAGGACGCUGCGUACCAUCCGCGACGCCUUUUGCGGCAAAGAGCUGGUGGGAUUCUCCCCCGGCUUGUUCGUCCCGCGCCUUGAAGCUGCUGAAGAACGUGCGCAGCUGCGGCGCGCCUAGUGCAGGGGCCCGGCGUGCGCCCAGCCUUAGUGUCUUUGAUGAUGCAAGCAUAACUGAUACAAGUAGGUUGGAAAUAGAAAAAUAUUCGUUGGUGGUGUGUGAGGAACCACGCUUGCCUGCCCCUCCAGG